AUGAAGGUGCGCGGAACCGGAGCGGGCGGGGAGGCGGCGAGGAGCGGCCCGGGAUCGGUGCCGGUAGCCCGGAGCCGGCAAAGAACGCGACGAACCGGGCUGGAACCGGGGACCGGUGCCGUUCGUCCCCCUCCGCCUUCGUCCUCUCGUCUCCCCCCGCCUUCGUCACCGCCGCCCCCCGGGGGACCCGGCACUGACGGUAACCGGCUUUCGGGGCUCCUCAAGAAGAUGCACUUAUUCCGGAGCUCAAGCUACGAGAUCCGGCUGGAGGGCGAGGGGAGCAGCCUGCCCCGCAUCCAGGGCAUCCGCUGGACCCCACUUUUGGACACUGAAUCCACCCUGGACUACGGACACAGCCUUACCCAGGCAUCCUCGGAGAAGAUCUGGCGGGCCGGGAAGCUCCUCUUCAUCCACCUCACCAGCACUCGCCCUGGCCUCAUCCGGGACCACAAGCAUCACCUGCGGCAUCACAGGCAGUGCUGCUCCGGGAAAGAGCUGGUGGACUGGCUGCUGAGCGCCGGGCUCGCCGUCCAGACGCGCAGCCAAGCCAUCGGCAUCUGCCAGGUGCUGGUGGAUGGAGGCGUCCUGACACACGUGAAGCAGGAGUGGCAUUUUCAGGACAAGGACACCCAGUUUUACCGUUUUGCCGAGCUGGAGCUGAGCCCCGAGCCCAGCGCUGGGCUUCGGGAUGCGGAGGAGCUGCUGGAGGCACUGGCCUUCCUGGCCCAGCUGGGUCCCGACGCGCUGCUCACCAUGGCCCUGCGCAAGCCGCCUGCCCAGCGCACAGAGGAUGAGCUGGAGCUCAUAUUUGAGGAGCUCCUCCACAUCAAAGCUGUGGCUCAUCUCUCCAACUCGGUGAAGCGGGAGCUGGCGUCCGUGCUGAUGUUCGAGUCGCACCAGAGAGCAGGCACCGUGUUGUUCAGCCAAGGAGACAAAGGCACAUCGUGGUACAUCAUCUGGAAGGGCUCGGUGAAUGUAGUCACCCAUGGCAAGGGUUUGGUGGCCACCCUGCACGAAGGGGACGACUUUGGGCAGCUGGCGCUGGUGAACGACGCGCCCCGCGCGGCCACCAUCAUCCUGCGAGAGGACAACUGCCACUUCCUCCGCGUGGACAAGCAGGACUUCAACCACAUCCUCAAGGAUGUGGAGGCCAACACCAUGCGCCUGAAGGAGCACGGGAAGGUGGUGCUCGUCCUGCAGAAGAACCUGCAAGGUGGCAGCAGCCAGUCAGCCACGGCACGGAGCAGCAGGUACUUUGUGAUGGCUGGGACACCGGAGAAAAUCCUGGAGCAUCUGCUGGAGUUCAUGAGGCUGGAUGCCACGCUCUAUGACCCCAUGGAUACACUGCUGGGGGAUUUCCUGCUGACUUACACCGUGUUCAUGCCAACCUCACAGCUCUGCAGAGCUCUGCUGCACCAUUUCCGUGCGGAGCCGCUGGAGGGCUCGGAGCAGGAGAAGGCCACCUACUCCCUGCACAAGCGACGGAAGAUCCUGAGGCUGGUGAGCCAGUGGGUGCUGCUCUACGGGCGGCUGCUGCAGGGCGACCGCAGCACCACGGCUCUGCUGCAGAACCUCGCGGACCUGGCGAGCCAGGACCCUCGCCUGGGUGGGCUGGUCCAGGAGCAAGCACAGGACCGCCGGCGGCCCCGAGCGCUGGAGAACGGAGAUGGCAGCGUUUCUCCCCAGCCCAAGGCUCGGAGCUCGGGGAACUGGCUCACAAGCCAGGAGGAGGCAAUUUUGAACAGCAGCUGUGCCUUAAGAGCCCAGGACAAAGUGCCCUACGAGAUCUACAGACCGGACCAUUCGUGCCUGAUCACGGUGCUGCCCGUCAACGCCUCGGUGCGGGAUGUCUUGCGGUCCCUCGCCCCCCGGCUCGGCCGGGAUGGGGAGCACAUCCUGGUGAAGGUGAAUUCGGCUGGAGAUAAAGUGGGGCUGCAGCUGGAUGCCGUGGGGGUGUUCACAGCGCUGGGGCUCAAUGAGAGGCUCUUCGCCGUGAGCGUGGAGGAGCUGGGCAGCCUGACCCCCCACCCCGAGCAACUGGGACCCCAUGUCGGCUCCUCAGAGACCCUGGACCUCAUCAGCUCCAAGGACCUGGCCAGCCAUCUCACCGACUACGACUGGAACCUCUUCAAGAGCAUCCACCAGGUGGAAAUGAUCCACUACAUCGUCGGGCCGCAGAAGUUUCACGACGUGACCACGGCCAACCUGGAGCGGGUCAUGCGGCGCUUCAACGAGCUGCAGUACUGGGUGGCCACGGAGCUGUGCCUCUGCCCCGAGGUGGGCAGGCGAGCCCAGCUCCUCCGCAAGUUCAUCAAGCUGGCUGCACACCUCAAGGAGCAGAAGAACCUGAAUUCCUUCUUCGCGGUGAUGUUUGGUGUGAGCAACACGGCCGUCAGCCGCCUGGCCAAGACCUGGGAGAGGUUGCCCCACAAGAUCCGGAAGCUGCAUUCGGCGCUGGAGCGGAUGCUGGACCCGUCAUGGAACCACAGGGUCUAUCGCCUGGCCGUCGCCAAGCUGAGCCCCCCCAUCAUCCCCUUCGUGCCCCUUCUCCUCAAAGACAUGACGUUCAUCCACGAGGGCAAUCGCACGCUGGCCGAGAACCUCAUCAACUUUGAGAAGAUGCACAUGAUGGCAAAGACCGUGCGUGUCCUGCAGCGCUGCCGGGGCCACGCACAUGCUCCGCUCUCCCCGCUGCGAAAUCGCUCCCCGCACCGGCCAGAGGACCCCAAGGCCAUCAGGAUCUCCACAUGCUCGGAGCAGUCCCUGAGCGUGCGAAGCCCCGUCUCCACCUGGGCGUACCUGCAGCACCUGAAAGCCAUCGACAGCCAGAAGGAGCUGCUGCGGCUUUCCCACGACCUGGAGUCCUGA